AUGCGCAACGACGCCAUCGUCAUGGCGGCCAUGGAGAAGCAGAUCUGGAUGGAGAACCGGGAGAAGGACCUCAUUUUAAAACAGAUCGGCGACCUGAAGGCCGCGCGCGACGCGCGGAAGCGGAAACGGUCCCGCGCCGCGCGCGCGGCGCUCGUGAAGCGGUGCCACGAGCUCGCGGCCGCGGUGCAAAAGUGCUGGCGCAACUGCAAGGUGCGCAGCGAGGCCGCGGCGCUGCUCCAGUACUACCGCGAGAAGCGCGCCGCGGAGCGGAUGCAGGUCUUUCUCAUGAAGCGGCUCCGGGGCCUGCAGGCGCGCCGCGACUACCGGCGGAAGAAGACGGCCGUCGCCGUGGCGUAUCGCGUCGUGCGGAGCUUCCUGCUCGUGCGCCGCUUCCGGCGCGCGGCGCUCCAGGCGCUCGCGCGGCACCGCGUCGUCGAGUCGCUCGUCGGAGGAGGUCUCGCCGGGGCCGUCGCGGACUGUGCGUCGCGAGAGCGCUGCGCGAUCCCGAUCCAGAACCGGUGGCGGGGCCUCGCGGCCCUGCGCCACGUGCGGCGGGUGCGCGGGGCGCUCGCCGAGCGGCGGCAGCGGCGGCGCGCCGAGGCGGCGAUCUACCGCGUCGUGCGCCAGCACCUCGUGCGGCGGCGCGUCCGAUGGAUGGCGCUGCGCAAGUCGAAGCUCAUCGGGCUCCGGCGCUUCCGCGCGCUGCGGCGGUGCCGCAUGCGCGACACGUGGCUCGAGCUGGCCGCGGACCUGGCCAUCGAGAAAGCGGGGGACGCGCUCGACGCGACGCGCGCGGCCGCGCACAAGGCGCACUGGGCCGUCGCGCACAUGAAGAAUCUGAUCCAGCACGACGCCGAGCGGCAGCAGCGCCUGCGCCACGUCGACGCGGAGCGGGAGCGGCGGGAAGCGGCGGGGGAAAAGGCCGAGCUCGGCGUGCCCGGGCGGACGCUGGGCGAUCGCGUCGAGGAACACGUGACGCCCGAGGAGCGCGAUCGACGGGAUGCGGAGAAGGCCAUCGAGCUCGCGAAGCGGCACGAGCUGACGCUGAAGCGCGCGGCGGAGGCCAAGGUCGAGGCGGCCGACGCGCGGCGCGAGGCGAAGAUCGGCGAGCUCAAGGCGCAGAUCCGCCGCAAGUCGCUCGCGGCGCUGUCGGCGAAGGAGGACGAGGAGCACGAGCGGCAGCGGGCGCUGCUCAAGGCCAAGGCGACCGUGGCCAAGCACGAGGACCGGCCCAAGCCCUGGGUCGCGGGCGGCGCCGUGCGGCGCGUCCACCGGCUCACGGACGACGUCGUCCCCGUGCCCGCGAUGACGGAGCACCAGUUCGCCUACAUGCCGUCCCUGCGCCGGAGCUCGACGCGGCUCCAGGCCGCCGUGCGCUGGGGACGGGUCGCGUCGCUGAGCCCGAGCUCGUUCGCGGGCUCGCGCGCGCUCGCGGUGUCGUCGCCGUCGAACCGCGCGGGGCAGGCCCGCGGCACGCUCGCGGCGCUGACGCUCGGGAAGCGCCUCGCGGCGAAGAAGCGGGCGGCGGAGGAGGACGAGGUGGUUUAA